ACGGCUGCGCUCCAAACUUAGGAGGCUCGCGGGGCUUUCGACCCCCCUCCUCCUCGCGACUAUCUCAGGCCUGGCCAAGGCUCCCUACGUGCAGAUGGGCAUGCUUCUUUACGCCUGGUGACUGGUUUCUUAAGGUUGACUCCGUUUGUGUCGAGCGCUUACCGACCACAACAAAGAGGGCGAUGGAUGGAAACGCGGCGCCGCGGACUCCAAGCGCGAGUGGAAUACGGUUUGCGGCGUUUCUCUGGGUGUCAUUCUUCAUUUCGGCGCCUGUGAACGCUCAGUAUGAGAAAUACAGUUUCAAGAGCUUUCCCGUGACGGACCUUAUGCCGCUAGAUUCGGCUUACGGAUAUGCGCUAGACCAGUACGCUUCGCAGAACUGGAAAGAAAGUAUUAAGUAUUUAGAGCUGAGUCUACGCCUUCACCGGCUGUUGGGGGAGAGUGAGGCGCACUGCAGCCAGAACUGCAGCCGAGUGAGCCGGGAGCAUCAGGACUCGGGCUCGGACGUUACUCUGCGGAUUAUGAGGCAUAUCCUAGUGCGGGCGGCGUGUCUUAAAAAGUGCAAAGCGAACCUCCCAAUAUUUUCUAAAUCAUAUCCUAAAAGGGAGACUCUGGAUGCUUUUGACACCAGGGUACCAUACAGGUAUCUACAAUACGCUUAUUACCAGCUGAAUGAUGUGGAAAAAGCAGUGUCAGCAGCACACACAUACCUCCAGCGGAACCCUGGGGACCCACUGCUAACCAAGAACAUGAACUUCUACAAAAGCCUGUUUGAUAUAGAGGAGUAUCUCCUAGACCACGAGGAGAGGCCUUACGAGGCUCAGUUCCUUAAAGCCGUAAAACUGUACAAUUCUGGCGAUUUCAGCAACUCUCUGUGGAACAUGGAACAGGCGUGUGCAGAGUACUUCAAAGCACACGAACUGUGUCUUGCCAUGUGUGAGGGCACCUACGAUGUGCAGGAGUUUAAGGACUUUUACCCCACCCUGGCAGGAUUUUACGUGGAGGUUCUGAAAUGUAAGGUGAAAUGUGAAGAAAAGCUGACACCAAACGUCGGCGGUUUCUUUGUGGAGAAACUCGUUGCCACCAUGUACCAUUACAUGCAGUUUGCAUAUUAUAAACUAAAUGAUGUGCGUAACUCCGCCCCUUGUGCUGCUAGCUACAUGCUGUUUGACCCUAAGGACCAAGUGAUGCAGCAGAACCUGGCUUACUACAGGUUCUACAGAGAACAGUGGGGUCUGCAGGAAGAGGACUUCAAACCACGGCCUGAGGCCCUGCACUAUUAUAACCAAACAACUAAACAAAAAGAAAUGCUGAAGUUUGCACAAAAUUAUCUACAGACAGAUGAUGAGGAUGUGGUGAGUCCAGAGGAAGACCCCACUGGCCCCUCUUCCCCUCCUGAUCAGGAGUUUGAGGGCAUGGGGGACUAUGAGGAGACCUUCCUGUCUGAGUGGUGGCAGGAGCCUAAAACUAAAGGAGACACAGGAGAAGAAGAAUAGCCAGAAGAAGAAUGCCUAAACACACACACAAACAGGUACACACAUGCACACUCACUCACACACGCAUACACACACACUCACACAUGUAAUGAAAGAGCACCAGCAGACAUUCCCAAGGACUGGUAUACACAAUCAGCCAUUGUGUACAUGGGCCUUUAUCAUUUAUUGGUGUUCUUAAGCCUGAAAACUGGAUUACAACUAAUAGUGAAAAUUAUUAGUUCAGAAACCUGCACACACACACAAAACACACAAAAACAACGAUAUAUCACAGUACAGUCCUGCUCUCUGUAACUCUGUGUUUAUCUAUGAGUCAGAUGUACACAUAGGCCUUGUGUUAUUACUAGCACUGACAUGCUUAUUUAAGUAGAAUCAGUAUAAAUAUACUGGUUUUGGUUGUGAACAAAUUCAGAGCUCAUAUUGCCAGAUCAUUGCUUAUGUGGUGAUCCCACGCUCGACUUUAUUAUAUGUUUUUUUCAGGGGUUUUUUAGAAUAUUUUAAUUGUAUAAUUUUAUUGGUACACCGGGGGAAGGUGAUGGAAUAAAGGUGUUUCUGUUUGGAGUGCAUUCUGUAUCGUCCUUAUCACGUCAACUAAAUUAUAACAUUAAAAUCAUUAAAAUCUUCCAUGUUUUUUCUUACAUUUUCUUAAAUUUUAUUUUCUCUACUCUGUUUGCAGUCUGUGUGUGAGCAUGUUUUCCAGACUGUUUGGAUGUGAAGUGGCUAAGAUCUUGUCUAACAUAGGCAAAGAUAUUAAAUAAUACAGCAUACACAGUAUGUAAUUAUCCAAACUUCAGUCUGAACCUAGAUGGCAGUUCACAUCAGAACCUCUGGAUCUGAACAUGUU